UUUCACAAAUAACGAUAUCCAUAUCAAGUAGGUAGAUAUAGGGACUCGGAGUUGUUUUUACGACUAUUUUAAAAAUGUUUAAUCAAGAAAUGGUGCAAUAUAGUUAUUUUGGAUUAACUUAUUAUUUCGUUUAUAUUUCUUAACGAUAGAUAAGGUUGUUUGCUGGCUAAUGAUGAUUAAAAUUAACAGAGAAGCCAGUACUAAAAACAGUAGUGAAUAAAAAACCCAACGAGAACAAUGACUGAAUUAACAUACAUGAGCGGCUUCGGCUCAGAAUUACAAUCCGAAGAUCCAAGAUGCCCGGGCUCCUUGCCACCAGACCAAAACAGUCCACAAAAAUGCCCCUAUGGUCUGUACGCCGAGCAGUUAUCGGGAUCAGCCUUUACUGCUCCUAGAUCAGAAAAUAAGAGAACUUGGUUCUAUAGAAUUAGACCGUCUGUGUUACAUAAACCAUUUGAAUCCAUCAAGAGUAGCGACGUGAGUCAUAACUGGGAUGAAGAGGAACCGAAUCCAAAUCAGUUACUAUGGGAUCCUUUUGAAAUGCCGCCAAACUCCAAAAAAGUAGACUUCGUAGAGGGAUUACACACUGUAGCAGGAGCUGGUGAUUCCAAAUGCAAAACUGGCCUUGCUAUUCAUGUAUUUUCCUGCAACACAUCAAUGAAGAACAAAGCUUUCUAUAAUAGUGAUGGUGAUUUUCUCAUAGUGCCCCAAACUGGAAAUUUACACAUAAAAACAGAAUUCGGUAAAAUAAAAGCCAUCCCUAACGAAAUAGUUGUCAUUCAACAAGGAAUUCGGUUUCAAAUAGAAGUAGAAACAGCUUCCCGAGGUUACAUCCUGGAGGUUUUCGGUCGUCACUUCGAAUUACCGGAUUUGGGUCCAAUUGGAGCCAACGGAUUGGCCAAUCCUAGAGACUUUUUACAUCCGACAGCUUGGUACGAAGACGUAGAGGAAAAUUUCGAAGUUGUUUCUAAAUACCAAGGAAAAUUGUUUGUAUGUGAACAAGAUCAUAGUCCUUUCGACGUCGUAGCUUGGCAUGGGAACUAUGUACCUUAUAAAUACGAUCUUAGCAAGUUUAUGGUUAUCAAUUCGGUGUCUUUCGAUCAUUGUGAUCCCUCCAUCUUCACGGUUCUAACUUGCCAAUCCGAAAAGAAAGGCACAGCAAUUGCGGACUUCGUAAUCUUCCCACCGAGAUGGUCAGUUCAAGAAAAUACCUUCAGACCGCCGUACUACCACAGGAACUGCAUGUCGGAGUUCAUGGGACUCAUUCUUGGAGAAUACGAAGCCAAACGAGGAGGUCUGGCACCUGGCGGUGCUACUCUGCACAGCAUCAUGACACCUCACGGUCCCGACAGGAAUUGCUUUGAAAGCGCCUCCAACGAACAUUUGAAACCUACGAGAGUUGCGGAAGGAACUCAGUCUUUUAUGUUUGAAAGCUGCUUGGGAUUAGCCCUCACGAAAUGGGGAGCCAAAACAUGCGAGAAAGUCAACCCUGAUUAUUACAAAUGCUGGCAGAGUCUUGAAAAACACUUUACAGGACCCAAACACUAAAACACACUUAAAUAUUUUACUGAUUUAUAAAACAAAUGCUUUUAACAAAUAUCUUCUUUAUUAUUUGUAACAAAAAUAUUUUGUACAAUUAAAAUCUUUUUAAGUAAAAAA